AUGGUGCCCAAAGGCGUUCCCAACGUCGACAACUGUAUCAAGGUGCCAAGUCCAACCUCAUUCUCUUCACUCCUCCUGGACUCCAAGCCACAGCUCGCGAACGGCUGGUUGGACCGCAAGCACGGCGGUGGAGAAGACCGGACUUGGCACAACCGCGAAAGCGACACGGCCAGCGGCACGACCGCGAGCUCCGACGUGUCCGCCAUUCUCCAGUAUCCGUCAUUGCUGCGCCCGGCUGCUGGCGCUCAAGGACACAAGCCAUAUUUUUUUGCGCAUGACGUGCCCGUGUGGACGGGCUACCGCUACCAUUCGCCUCCGGGAGCAGAGCCUUUGAGCUGUACCGUCAGCUCGCGUACGUUUGCGGGCAGUCUGCAAGACGCCUGGGAUGUGGCUGUGCAGAUCCUCGACGACGCGCGGCCAGCGAGAACAAGGGCGCACAUUCAGACGCUCCAAGUCGCAAUCACCACUGGUUGCACGUCCACGUACGACUGGUCCGUUUCGCUGCUACUCCUCUUCGCACCCGUUUAUCAUGUGCGCUCGUCUUUCCUCUUCUGUCGUCUCUCAGACGUCAUCUGGCCGGGAGGCUCCGAGCAAGACUACACUGGGCACUGCAAGCACGAUGCAUUGCCGCUGUGUGUGGUUGACCUGCCCUCUGCCCCAAUCCACCCUGACGCUCUCAACUCAGUUUCCUUUGACGCGGUCACUUGA